AACGUUGAGGAGCUUGCUUGUUUUCGAUUCACGCCUCCCGACUUCACCGGUUCUCGCCUGGACGGCUGGGACUGGUUCAACCUCGAAUCGCAGUUUCAUCGAAUGGGCGUUCCAAAUUCAAGUUGGCAGCUGACCAACAUCAACAAGGACUACGCGGUAGCUGAACAAUGCUCUACUGAACAAUCAAGACCAGUGUUGGGCCAAUUUUAA